CACAAAAGAGGGCUGCUGUUUGCUGUGGUUCUUUUAUUUUUAUUUUUUAUUUUUUGAUUAUAUUUUUAUAAAGCAAACCCCCUUGAAAGCAAAUGAAAAGUUCCUCUACUCUCCGACGUGGAGGAGGAAGCGCAAAGAGAACAGUAAGAACACUCAACCCCGCACUCGUCUAUGACUACACUCUUCGUUGUGCUAUACGGGCUUGUCUUGAACAAAACAGUAAAGCGUCACUCAAGGAGCCCAAGAAAGAUACGAGCAGUAAUAGACACUCAGUUCACUUGAGUGGCAUGAGUGAUGUGUUUGGAAAUUUGGCAGAUAAAAUCGUAGGAGAUGAAGGUGGCGAGAAAAGCAAUAAACUGACAAAGCCAGUAGUUGUGGGCUUAAUGCGACGACUGGACGAUAUUAAAGAUGGCAAAGAUGUUUCCAAGUCAGAAUAUAUCGAUCGAAGAUUCAUCUCGGUAGUUCGACACAUGAGGGAUGAAGUAAAACAACACCGUUUUAGGCCUCAAGGCUCCAUUAACGACCUUGUGGUUACCUUCCUCAAACUAAGUGAAGCUGAACUCAAAAAGACAGAUCCUAACCCAGCCAUAUGGUUUAAGGAUCUUGAUCGAUAUGUGGUUCGAUUUACAGAAAUCCUAUUACUCGUCUUAAGAGAAGAUGCACCAUCCGCUGCUUCAUCCGAGUAUAUCGAAUCCUUACAGAGAUCGAUCCUUCCAAAAUCAAAGCAACAGCCCGCAACAGAGCAAAGAAAUAGUAGCAGCAGUGGUAAUUCAACAACUGAUACAUUAGACAUGGUCGAAAGCUUCCCUAUGGUCAAGACAGUACAGAACCUGUUCCAAAUCGAAAGCUCGGUUCAUAGACAAAAGAUACGUGACCUUUUACCUGUUUGUACUGAGGCGAAUUACCUUUUGGAUUUAAAACAAUGCAUUAAUGCAAUCAAUACAAAUCAACCUUUUCCAGGCAGAAGAGAGGAUUUUGCAUCGCAACAGGCUUAUGAUUUUUGGGUAGCAAGAGAAAAGAAAUAUCUCAAUGGCUUAAUGACUGUCAUGGUCAUGAAUCCAAACCUGACACUGACCAACAAGUCUGAACAAGACGUUGGUUCAACCAACUUGCUCGCCGGAAGGAGAUCAAGUGAUUCAAGAAGAAGUUCUGUUUAUAACACAAACCCAACCGAUGACAGUCCCUAUACUUAUAUUCCCAAUGAUCCUCGCUCUUAUUUCCGUUUGUUGAUGAACAUGUGUAUGGAUCUUGAUACCAAUAUUGCGCCUGAUACAGAAAAGGCCAAAACCAGUGUGUUAUCACAAGCCUCAGAUGAUUUAUUACGAGAAUGCUCAAACACAUGGAGACUCUCUGCGCCUUUUAGGUCUGUUCUUUAUCUAGAAUUAAUCAAAACGCGUAUGGAUACCGAAGAAAUUGAUAUACAUGAUGCUAUCGAUGACGCCAGAGAAGCUAUUCGUGCUCUAGAUAAAUGUCUCAAGGAGAAUGAAAUUCAGAACUGGACAAUUAAUGAUAGAGAAAGUUUGAUUCGUGUCUUUGAGGGACUAAACCAGACUUGUCUUCGUGCCUUGGCUGAAUCACUCAGCAGAUACUGGGAUAUUGAUCCUGCUCUCGUCAAGGACCAGGUUGCAUUACUGGAUAGUAUAUAUGAAAACCCUGCCUAUCUGGAAGACCAUGCAAAUCCUCUGGAACAGUUCCUAUCACUAGAAGAAACAAUUGCUGGUGCAGCUGUAUCUCGAUGGCGUGUGUUGGAGAAGUCAGUGCUCAAUCCUAAAAAUGACGAUAUGACCAAUUUGAUGAAUUUGGCAGAUAAAUUGAUCAAAGAGUUGGUCACUGUAGCAAAGAGGUUUAAGAAACCAUUGAAAGGGUCUUUACAUAUUCCAGGUAUUAUCAUGGCUCGUCAAAUGCCAUUCUUUGUUUUAGAAAUGGAAAACUGGGCCUUUUUACCAGAAGCAAAACAGGCGCCCAUUGAACUGACAUUUGAGCUCUAUGACAAAGUGCUGACGCUGAAGAGACUUUACGAUCAAUAUGGACCAAAACAAAAGUCUGCACUCUUCAAAGUCGAAUCAUGGUUCUUGACCCACGUUCGUCGAUGGUUAAAGUCUACAAACGAAGCUACACCAGAAUGGGUAAGCAAUGCGAUUAAACAAGACGAGUUCAAGCCUAUCAAUGAAACAACCCUACACUCCUCGUCAGUGGUGGAUCUCUUUACCAUGUUCCAUCAGGCUGUUGAAUUUGUCCAAAAUCUAGAAUGGCCUAAUAGAAUACAAGAAUGCAGAUUUAAUACGGCGUUAUCUAAGGUCAUUGGUGUUGCUCUUGAACAGUACACGAUGGAGCUGGAGGAUAUGAUCACGACAGACAUUUACCCUCGAGCAGUACGUGAAGGAGAUCCACAUGGAAGCGGAAACUUUUUCGACAGAGCUCGUUAUCAACUGAUUGGGGGACGACCUCAGAGUAAAAGUAGCUCUGAUGUCCCUGCUGACUUUAUUGCAGAGACAUGUGUCAAGGUGAACAACAUUGAGGCUGCAAGAUUUAAGCUUGACAGAUUAUAUCAAAACAUGGACGUGGAUGAAAUUGCACAAGAAAUGCGAGAGUAUGGAUCUCAAUUACCUGCUGAAAAGUCGGUUUCCGAACAACAAAACUACCUGUAUUCUAUCAAAAUUGUCAGAGCCGAGAAUUUGCCACCUUCUGAUAAUAAUGGACUGAGUGAUCCAUAUAUCGUACUAGAGAUCGAUAACAAGCCAAUUACCAGAACAAAGACUGUGUAUGAAACGCUAAAUCCUCGCUGGGAUCAAGUGUUUGAUAUUUGGCUUACAGAAAAGACAGUGGACGUAUUGGCUCUUGUAUAUGAUGAAGACUUAAUUGGUGCAGAUGAAGAGUGUGGUGGUGUAUGGUUCAAGUUAUCGCCCGAGUAUUUUGACGAUUAUCAAACACAUGAGUUGGUGUUGAACUUUGUUCCUCAAGGAAAACUUAUUCUACGUAUCAGUAUGGAAGGAGAAAAAGAUGAUAUUCAAUUCUGGUUUGGUAAAGCCUUCCGAACGUUGAGAAGAGCAGAAAAUGAUGUAGCAGGUUUGAUUGUAGAUAAGAUGAGUAGCUAUUUCCGUCAAAUAUUAAACAGAAAAACCUUGGAUAAACUCUUUGGUCGUGAUCGUAGCUUCUUUUCUUCAUUUUCACGAACUACAAAACACGUUGAUCCAACUCUUCAAGACUGUGAAGAAGCUAUUGUGCCAUUAAUAGACUAUCUUGAGAGAAAUUUGAAGAUUUUGAAUGAUAAUUUAUCAGAGACAAACAUGCAAACCAUCGUUUUGAAGAUUUGGAAAGAAAUUCUUAUUGCAUUAGAAGGUGUUCUCUUACCGCCACUUUCUGAACAAUUGUCUGAAUUAAAGCCUUUGGAUGAUUAUGAAUUUCAUGUUGUAUAUAAAUGGCUAGAGCUUCUUAAAGUACUCUUUAAUGGUGGUGAAGACGCUGAUGCAGUACCUUUGGAUAAACUUGAAAAUUCACAAUACUAUGCGCUCUUAGCCAUCAAUGCAGCCUAUAACUUAGAAACAGAACAUCUGAUUGAAGGAUACAAUAACAUUGUGAAGAAUCAAGUAGAAAUGAAACUAAGGGGCGGAAGGAAAGCAGAUAGAAGUAAAUCUGUCUACCAUUCAAAGAACACUGCCAAAAAGAGGAAACCUUCAUCCAAUAGGAAAUCAGCGUCUAUUGAAUUGCCAAACGCGGAUACCAUUUUACGUAUUCUUCGUAUGCGUAAAGGUAGACAAGUCCGAGACUUUCUUCACGCCGAGUUUCAGAAACGUAAUUACCCAACUCCCACCGAAACUGCUCCUGCAGAGGGUAUAAGCCAAGGCGCUAAAGAGCAAGAAAUCCCACCUGUUCCCGAGGUUCCAACAAAUGACUUAACGCCCGUGAAUGAGAAUACGUUACCUCUAAGAUAAAUAAAACUUUUUCUUAACCUAAAAAGAGACAAUCACAAAGCUUUUAAGAGAUCACUGGAAGACUUUAUUGGACAAACUCCAUUUUCA